UUCUCGUUCUAAUGUUGAUCUUUGUGCUGCAGCACUUUUGAGAAAACAGGUUUGAUCCAUUUUAAAGGUCAGUAAAAUCUGUAGAUUUCUAUAAUGGACUAAAUGUGUGUGGAUAUGAAGGAGUCUCUGGGUGAGAGCAGAUGAAGGACAGUAAGGUCAGUCAGUAGAAGAGAGGUUUUGCAUGCUCACAGCUCCACACUCUUUAAGAGCGGUGAGUUCAUCACUGGAGACUUCAGUCCUUUCAGAGCCCCUCACAGCACAAUGAUGACCACUCUGAUCCUCCUGCUGACCACACUGGGCUUCUUUCCUCAAGUGUCCCACCAAGAGGUCCAGACUCCUGAGAGAAGUUCUGUUGAAGCAGGACAGUCCGUCACCUUCAGCUGUGUUGCGAGUCGUGGGAUUGAUUAUGACAUGAGUUGGUACCAGUUGAAACCUGGAGCAGCUCCUAAACUGCUGAUUUACACAUCAAGUUAUAGAAGUUAUGGAGCUCCAGAGCGAUUCAGUGGAACAAAUUCUGGAUACACCUUUACGAUGACCAUCAGUGGAGUCCGGCCGGAAGAUGCAGGAGAGUAUUACUGUAUGGGUUACUAUCAUUUUAGUGGAGUGUCCACACAGAUUUUCGGUGGAGGAACUAAACUCUCUGUUGGACGUGUCACUCGGCCCUCCCUCUCUCUGCUGCCCCCCUCCAGUGAGGAGCUCCGGCAGGGGAAGGCUACACUGCUGUGUUUGGUCAGUAAGGGCUUUCCCUCAGACUGGACGCUGAGCUGGAAGGUGGACGGUAGCAGGUGGAGCUCAGGUGUGGUGGUCAGCCCCGGCGUGCUGCAGCAGGGAAACGGCCUGUACAGCUGGAGCAGCACGCUGACCCUGACUGAGGACCAGUGGAGGAAGACGAGGGCAGUGAGCUGUGAGGUCAGUCACGGCUCCAGCACAGCAGUGAAGAAGAGUCUGAACACACAGCAGUGUAUCGAGAACUAACACACACACACACACACACACACACCCACCAUCAGUCUGCAGUGUGUACGAGUGUUUCUGCUGACAGCAGCUCCUACAUCAUCUUACAGCUCCAUC